AUGGACUCCAUGUCUUCAGAUCCUACCACCGAUAUCUCGGCUGAAUCCACUCCAUCGCCAAAGGAGGUCACUCAAACCACCCCAGCAACAUCCAACAGUUCCAUCACCCAAGCUCCCACUUCCGCACCACGCCGUCCUCCUCGAAAGAGUACCCUGACCCAACAACAGAAGAACCAGAAGAGACAACGGGCAACACAAGAUCAAUUGGUCACGUUGGAAAUGGAAUUUAACAAGAAUCCCACUCCCACUGCUGCCACCCGGGAACGAAUUGCUCAGGAAAUCAAUAUGACAGAACGGUCUGUACAAAUCUGGUUCCAAAACAGUCGUCGACGUGCGAAGAUCAAGAUGCUCGCCAAGAAGAGCUUGGAAAAUGGUGAAGACUGUGACAACAUUCCAGAAUCCUUAAGGCAGCUGCUGGCCAUGCAGGCCAUGGAAUCUGGGAGACCAUUUCCCCGACAGUUACUUGGCCGUCCCGGGGGACCAAUGGCACAAUACGGUAGUGGUGGUAUGAUGAUGAAUGGUGACCCGACCGGCCAGGGGAAAGUGGUCAUUCACCACUUCACCUGCCGUUCUUUGAGCAUCGGUAGUUGGCGGCGAGUCGGCCAAAAUGCGAUGGAUUUGGUCAUUUUCUACUCCCCCGACAAAGCCUGCAUUACCUACUACAUCAACAACGACUCUGCCGGUUACAAAAUCGAAUUCCCCUUCGCCUUCAUCAAGAGCAUUCAAUUGGAACCCGGUGACACGGCUCCAACUGCAAACGGAUCUCCACCUCGACCCGGGGGACUGGUCAUUGAAUUGAACAGACCACCCAAUUUCUUCAUGGACUCCUCUGGCUCUGGAGGCUUCUACCAAUGUGGUGAUUUCACCGAGGACCAGCAGGCAUCUCAGGUCCUCACGCAUCAUCUGGGAGGACACCCCAAAGUGCUCAGCGGCCAACUUGCCAAAUUGGUUUCUCUCGAAUCAUUCCAAAACCGGCUCAAUCCAUUCGACGUCAAUGCGAUGCCGGCGUCGGCACCGGUCUCGCCAACGAUGGGCAUUGUCCGACCUGCAUCACAACCCAAUGUCCAGUUUGCCAGACCUCAUCCACCUCACGUUGGAAUGUUCCAAGAACAAUUCGGCGUCAACCAACACCUUCAUCCUGGUCGAAUGCAUCCCGGCCACAAGCGACAACGAAGUCGAUCCGUUCCGAUCGCCAUUGACUUUUCCAUGUUGCGGGGACCGAUGCCCACGUUCCAUGUUCAGCAACCCUCGCCCCAACUUGCCCCUGAUCACCAUCUCUUCCAACCUAUGCCGCAACACUCAGCUCAAGCUCCUACGGGACCGAAUCUCCAAAUUGAUACGUCUGCGGGUUACGGUAUGGACUUCCGUCAAAUGCCAAUGUCCGCGACCGCAACUUCACCGUCGGAAUUCGCCAGUCCCGGCUUCUUCCCCUCCAACCCGGCUCAAGCACCGAUGCCCGCUUCAGAGUUCGGCACUCCACGACAAUUCAACGUGCCAUUCUUGUCGCCGUCGCCGAUGGUCGAUCCCAACAUGAUUCCCACUUCAGUGUCUCCGAUGCCUCACAUGGGUCAUCCUGAUCCUGUCAUUGCUGAUCAAUCACCACCUCUAUCGGCAUUACAUAGAAGCGCAUCGGCCGACAUGUUCAGCAUGAGUCACGAUCCCAGUGCCAUGAUGGAUGAGACGCUGAUGUUGGGUGAGAUGUAUUCGAAACAAAAUCUCAACAUGCCCAUGCCCAGUCCGGGUUUUGACGAAAACGGGCUAUUGAUGAUGAAUGACAUGUCCGAAUACCACCCCCCUCGGGAACACAUGGACAUGCCAGUAACGCCCUUUGGGACCAUCGAUCCCAAUACCUUGCAAGCUGGUCUACAUCAGUAA